AUCAGUUUGGUAGGCAAUAUACAUAUAACCGAAGGCCCGCAUUAAUAUCAGUGUUAGACAUACUUCGGAACUGGCCCAGAUCCACAAACCCAUUGUCUACAGUAUAUGGUGUUAACUUUCCCAGACCACUUUUUUGCCCCUUGUUUCAAAUUCAAAAAUCAUUUUUCAGCUCACUCAACUCUGGUCGUCGUGUGAAGGCCUUUAUCGAGCUCGUAUUUGUGAAGACAUGGGCGAAGCUAGUACCUUGUAGAGACGGAAUUGGCGAAGACCAGUGGACGAGAAUAUUGGAGUGAAAAUGCCAAAUGCGCGUGAAAUAAUGUUCGGUAUAUCUGCUGGCUUAUUUCCUCGGUCUCCAACGGCGGCUGCAAUUGGGCGGCGCCACCUCCUUUCUGAAUCCUCCUUCACCAUUCCAUGGUGGUAUAAUAACAAAAGUGGAUUAAGAUUGAAGACAAUGGCCUCAAUUUCAACAGAUGUAGAAAAACCGUGGAAACCCUGGCUUUUCGUUGGCCUCGGCAACCCCGGGAAGCGCUACAGCGGUACUCGCCACAAUGUGGGAUUUGAGUUGAUUGACUAUAUAGCUGAAGCAGAAGGGAUUUCAACAAGCUCCAUCUCCUUUAAAUCUGCUUUUGGGAAAGGUUUCAUUGGAGAUGUUCCAGUUAUGCUUGCAAAACCACAAACUUUCAUGAAUGCUAGUGGUGAGUCUGUUGGUGCUCUUGUUUCAUAUUAUAAGAUCCCAUUGGAUCAAGUCCUCGCGAUGUUCGAUGACAUAGAUCUGCCAUUUGCGAAGUUGAGACUAUUACCUAAAGGUGGACAUGGAGGACAUAAUGGGAUGAGAAGUAUUAUAACUCACCUCAAAUGUAGUCGGGAUUUUCCUCGCUUGCGGAUAGGCAUUGGAAGGCCUCCAGGGAAGAUGGACGCUGCAAGCUUUGUUCUCCGACCUUUUAAUAAACAAGAACGCGAAGAGCUGGAUUUCACAUUCCAAAAUGGAUUAGAAGCAGUUCGAAUUCUUGUGCAACAGGAUUUCAAUAGAAGCGCCACCUUUGUAAACAGUGCCAAAUCACUUCACACAUUGUAGUGAGAUGAUUUUUUAUUUAUUUACAUAGCAUGAUGGGAGAUGGGAACUUCUUUGGAGAGAGCAGAUUCAAGUACCUUAGAAACAAGAUCAUUACUCAUUAGCAUUAUUCGUGAAGUUGAAAACAGUUGCAAAUUUGCAUGUCGGAUAUAUAGAGAAGAUUUACUA